GAACGUAUUAAUAUUGUACAUAAUAUAUCAGUAAUGGGAACUGUUAAUUCAGAAUUCAGAACUGCUGAAAUUGCAUUGCGCCUGUGACCCAACGCAUGCUUACCUAGGAGCAAACCUCGGGAAGCCUUACUCCUGAGUAAAGAUUGCGCCGCACAUUUAUGUUUACAGAAAUACCUUAGAGUCACGCGGUAUGUCAAGUUCAAAUCCUCAUGUGAGGGACUGCGGCUCAUUCCACUUCCUGCUAUCUCACAAUAGACAGGAGGCAAAAUAUGUGCAGGAUAUGCGCGUAUAAAAUAACAAAACAAUUUCCUCGCCGAAGCAGCACGUCCUCACCUUUGUAUAUAGAUGGAGGUACUGUACUUAGACAAAGUUCCUCAAGGCAAGGUUUGUAUAUUACUUAUGCAAAGAACAAAUAUGCAAGUGUGUGCGUGUGUGUAAUAUUACACACACACACACACACACACACACACACACACGGUCUUAAUUAACUCUUGGAAGAAUAAAUGAUGGUGAGGGAAGCCAUGAUGGAGGUUAAAACGCAGAACCCGACUAAUUUGCGCCUGCCAGGGAGGGAGCAGAGAACGGGGGGUUCCUGCAGGUUGAAUCCCUGAAACGGGGGAGGGGGGGGUCUUCUAAAACUUUGCCACCAGGGCAAUCCCCGUCCACUUGCCCUCGGGCGUCCCAUGACUGGAGUCUACCAUCUCUUCCCCCCUCCGCCCCCGCCCUCUUCCUCCUCCUCUUCCUCCUCCUCCUCCUCCGCUGCACUGGGGGUCCAUCUCCUUCUUUCGAGAAGUUCUCCUGCAACUUUUCGCGAAGGAGGCUCGUCUGCUAGAGGCGCUGGAAAUGCCCGGCUUGGGAGCACCCGCGAGCGAAGAAGGAGUCCUCUUCCGACAGUUCCACGCACACCGCCCUGAAUGAAGACGGAGGAAGCGCACGUCCUUCGCGUUGGAAAAUGUGCGACCGGAGCCUCUGCCGGCCGGGCUACGUGGGCUCCCUCCUGAACUUGCCCUCUGCCGCCGACUCCUUUUACUUCCCCAACCUGCGAGCUAAUGGAAGCCACCAGCUAGCUGCCUCUUUGCCCGCGCUCUCCUACCCGAGGAGCCCCAUCGCGUGGACUUGCGCCAGCUCCUGCCCAGCUCAGCCGUCCAGCCACGUACUCAGCGGCUCGACGCAGCCUCCGUCUUACCUCGCCGCAGCCACUGGCUCCCUCACCGGCGUCAGCCUCAACCCCAGCGGCAGCAAAGCCGCCUUGGACGGACACCACCCCAAGUACUCCGCCCACGAAGCCGCUCCCAAGCAGGACGAGAGAAGCAGGCAGAGCCGGGAAGCUCUGACCGACGACUCGAGUUGCGGGAGAAUGGUGAGGAUGGCGGCGGCGGCGGCGGCGACUCAGGCCAAAGGGCUCAGGUAUGAGCCGAGAAGACUGCCCAGCGCAUCAGCGUCUCUUUUGAACGCGGAUUCUUCCGCCUCCGGCUUUAUUAAGGAGGACCUCAAGCACGCCAUCAACUUGAACCUGACACUCCCGCCCGCAGCAACCCAGCCAAACCUCAGACCUCCUCUGCAGGACGGUUUGCCCUGGUGCCCCACGCCAGGGAGGUCGAGGAAGAAACGGAAGCCUUACACGAAGCAACAGAUCACCGAGCUGGAGAGCGAGUUCCUCCUCAGCGAGUUCAUCAACCGGCAAAAGCGGAAAGAGCUGUCCAACAGACUGAAUCUGAGCGACCAGCAAGUGAAGAUUUGGUUCCAGAACCGGCGGAUGAAGAAGAAGCGCGUGGUGAUGCGCGAGCAGGCGCUCUCGCUCUACUAGAGACGCCGCCCAGGGAGGGGGGCGUCUUGGGGCUGGCUCUCUUCCUCCCUGUUAAUCAUGAACUUGCCUCUGGAGCGGCUGUCUCGCGGCUCAGCAGAGGGACAACAAAGCGACGCGAAACGAAGCGAAGCGAAACCACUACGGAUUCCAGGCGAAAACGCAGGCAAAAUCUGGAGGGGAGCGUUGACAGGGGUCUAGCCCAAGCAGUCAGAUUCGCUCCCCGCCCCCCCCCCAAUCAACCUGCUUGGCUUUGUAAAUCGGCAAAAGCCUCACUUCUUGGCUGAAGGGGAAAGGAAGUACAGUGGUACCUCGGGUUACAUUCAGGUUACAGCCUCCGCUAACCCAGAAAUAGUA